AUGAACGGAAAAGUUUCCUGGUUCUGUGUUUCUUGCCAUGAUAGCGAUUCCCAUCGCAUGAAAAUCAAAUUUAUAGCACACGAGCCUGGAUCCUAUCUUGUUUGCUUUUGGUCAUACUUACUCCCUGCCAAGCGGCGCAUCAACAUCAAUACACUAUGCGCAAGUUGCCUAGAGGAAACCAACCUUCUAUCAUCGAAGAAACAGCGGGCAUUUAUCUCUAAGAGGAAGGACCAAAUCAUGUUUGAAAGAAACGUUUCUUGGGCGAAACAGGAGUGGGACUUUUGGGUGACUUGUCGUGAAUGUGGACGCAUCAACGACUCUUUGCAACAGAAUGAGGGGUUGUAUGUUCAUCUUGUUGGUGGAGUUAGUAUAUCUUAG